AACAAACUGUUAUACCUCAGGCAAUAAGUUGUCUGAACUUUCCAGGCAGCAUUUGCCAAAUACUCCCAUAUGAAAUAUGGUCUAAUCUGGCUUUCUGCAGAGGCCUGCUGACAUGCAGGCAGCCUGUAGGAAGACAAGUCUUAGCAGAAUACAUAGCUCCGGUCAAGGCCACUAACUGAAGUAAAUCAGUUAAGACAUUAAUGUUUGAACAAGAGGCUUUACGGUACAUUUCCAAGUUUCAUCACUGAGUUUUGCUAACCUGGGCGCAUCUCUGUUAUCCACACAAAUCGUUCUUAAAGGAAAGAGUUGAAUGUUUUGGGAAGCUUUUUUUUUGUGAGCUUGAAAUGAGAGGAAAACUAAUGAAUAGUGUGACAGUUAGCUCACUUUAACGUUAGAUUGGAAAAAAAAUGGUUUGGUCUUCUACACAGCUUUGAAGCUCAUUAAUAAACACAUUAUAUUUUGUUAGUAAAAGAAAAUGUGUAAAAAAAAAAAAAAAUUCUGUGUGGAACUAUUUUUUAUCUUAGAGCUAUGCUAGCUGUUUUUCCUUGUUUCCACUCUGUGAGGGUACAAGCUAAGCUAACCGCUAACUUUCCGCGAGAUAACUAAUCGAGAUUCAACAUACAGAGGAGUUAUCGCAAAACAUGCUGGACUGCUGUAUGAUAAUUCAGAAACACUACUGAGCUCCAAAACCAUUAGUGAGGCGGCAUGAAAAUUUAGGAUUUUGGGGGCCAAUAGUCUACUGAGUGUCAGCUAGUUUAUUUUUCCCUCUUUAGGGGAAAAUCUUGAGGGAAUGGCUGUAAACCAUUUAAAGGCCCCUAAAAACAAGUGUUUAUAUGUGUCUUGAAUGGAUCCAGAAUGGCACACCGGUGUGUAAAGUUGGACUCAGUUCCUCUAGACAAAUGGCUCUUGUCGUAUACUGUUCCCCCAAGAGAGAGAGAGAGAGAGAGAGACACACACACACACAGAAAAAAGAAAGAAGACAGCCUCAUCUCUUCAUUCCCUGUCUGCUCAGUGUCUUCAGACUGAGCACAGUGACUUUAUUAUUUUACUCCGCUCCAUAUCUGGAAUUUAUUUCGACUUAAAGGUCAGUAUUAGUGCAGUCUAUAAUGUAUUACUACUAUUUAUGGACUUCUCCAUAUAUUUUAUUUUUAUAUGUGGAUAUUGUUCCAUAAUGUUUGUAUUGUUUCUUUGUUUUGUGAGUCUGCUUGUGGUUUUGUACUUCUACUUUUGCAGUCGCCUCCUCUGUUCUGCUCUGGAGGGUUUUCAUGCAGGUGCAGACGGAAGGCUAAAAUUGGACCCAACGGGAAAAUGGUUCCAGUUAAAAUCCUUAUUCUGGGAACACAGAACACUGGAAAAACAGCACUGUGCGUUCGUUUCAUAACCAAGCGUUUCAUUGGUGAAUACGACCAUAAAAAGGAAGUGACCUACAGAUGCAGUCGAGUGGUGGACCAGGAAGCUGUCGAGCUAGAGAUUCUGGAUAUCGCUUGUAAGGAGAGCUCUUCGGCUUCUUUGGAGUCGUCCAUCCGCUGGGCAGACGGUUUCCUGCUAGUCUACUCCAUAACGCAUCGCCUCAGCUUCCUGGAGGUCCCUCGACUCAAGAACCUCAUCGACCAAACCAAACAGAGUCUGGUUGUUCCCACAGUGCUGGUAGCCAAUAAGGCAGACCUGGAAAUUGGCAGGGAGGUGACAACAGAGGAAGGGCAGAGAUUGGCCAAGGAUUUAAGGUGCAGUUUCAGAGAGCUGUCGGUGGCAGAAGCUGUUUUAGCUGUGGAGGCAGCAGUGUUUCAGCUCAUCAGGCUGGUGUUGGAUCAGCAGCGGCCUCUGCCUGACCGCCGCUCCUACAUGCUGACUGUUCGCCACGCUUUGACCAGGAAACUGACCAGAUCCAAGACCAUGCAGUGGUGACACACCCCGCCCACCCCCUCGGGUGCACGAACAGUUCACCUGUUGUUACUGUGGGACAUUUUUGGGAAACUGUGUCUUGUCUGAUUUCAGAAGAAUUUUACUUCCAGACUGAAUUUAUGAUAUCAGCACUUUGGUAUUCACUGGCUGUUGAAAGUUAAAGAUAUAUUGAAUCCUCUUAUCACUCAGGAUGCAGGGAGGAAACUUGUUGAACUCCAGGUCCGAAAGGGUUCAAGGCGUCUACGGAAUGUGUGGACCGUUUUUCCACUAAUGACUUCUAGCAUAAGCCUGCAGCUUCUGGCUUAGUUUGGUGAGGUCAACAGGAUUGUGCAGGAAAAGAGUACAUCACAAAAAUGACCAAAUUUUAAACACUGUAGAUAAAAAACAUAAAGGGCACUUUGAUGCAAGUUUCAACUAAACUGAUCAAACAUAUAAAAACACAUGAGUGAGCCCAACUACAGUUUCCAGUUUAGGAGAUAUUGCAGGACAGUUCCAGCUCAGCUGAAGGUUAUCUGGGAAACAGGUUGGAUCCAGAUGAAAGCAACAUUAGGAGAAAUACAGCAAUGUGUACAGAGUUGGGGUGAGCUUCAGUAAUGGGUGAUCAUAUCAGCCCCUCUCAUCCCCUUUAAAAGCAAACAGACCGGGAACAGCAAAUAUACAAUGGGCCAAAUUUAGAUAUAGAACAAGUUAUUUUAGAAGACAUUAAUAUCUGUGCAGUCAGGGUAGAGGUGCCAUGAGGUAACUGCACAUGUAACCAAUUGCACUCGUGCAUUCCUGUACCUUUACUGUACACAUGCACAGCAAUUCCAAACAAAAGUUUGUUUAAGCCAGUACAUGAUUGUAAAUUGUAAACCGAGAGCCACAGAAGUUUGUGUCCUAAUUUGUUAUGUAAUAUAUUUUCCAGUAGAGGGCGAUAGAGUUCUUGCAUCUGGUGCAGACUUACCACAGUUAUGCAGCAUGUCAAAUACACUAUUUGGCCAAAGGUGUAAGAAUACCCCUGGUGUGGAAAAAGUUCACUAGCCUCACAAAGCCCUGACCUCAACACCAUCGAAAGCCUGUGGGACAAAUUAGACUGCUGACCUUGAGCCAGGCCUUGUGGCCCAACAUCAGUGAGAUCCAAAAUCUUACAAAACCUUCCCAGAACAACGAAGGCUGGUUUAACAGCAAAUGAAUGUUUUUUUUCUUUGAGACAUUUAAGAAUCACAAAUAUCUGUAAUGUUAGUGUGUCCACGUACUUUUUGCAAGUCUGUCAGGUUCACUUUUUUUAUAUUUUGACAUUGUCAUGUGUAAUUUGUACAAGCAUCAAGCCAGUCAAUUAAUGAAGCAGCCACUGUAGUCCAUCAGUUGGGUUGAGUAAAACAGUUAAACUUGCCCUUGUUGUAGGAGUUUGUAGAUGAUGUAACAGUGUGUUAGGAAUGAGACUGGCUUUGAUUACAGUCUUGGCAUGAUUUGACUUAUUCUCUGUUCCUUUCCAUGUAUCCUCGGUGCUCACUCUGAACUUCUGAACUUUAUGAUCAGCGAGAGACGUCUGAAAAAAAGAGGGACAGGAAAAAGCAAGUCAGUGAGCUGCAGAAAAUAAGACAGACUAUAAGAAGGACGGAAAAUGUUUGGCUUCUUUGACAUCUUAUUUGUCCAUAAGGAGCACAAAAAGGAAAGGGGAGCUGCUCAGUUGCAGCCACUCUGAGUGAGGCCACAGCGUUUAUACACACUGCUCUAUCUCCAGCCACUCGUAAAAGCAUUAUGGGAAAAUUGACUGUGUGCUUACUCUUCAUCUCGCCGUUACAUCCACCCCCAUUACCUUUUAUUAUACACUCCACCCAGCUACCACCAACCAACCAGCCGCAGAACUCCACUGGGCUUCAUGUACAAACACAGAGGAUUACAAACAAACUUUACAUUAUAUCAGUCCCCAUUUGGACACUAUGGCUGGCAUUUUUCAGAAUUGGCCCUUUAGCGUUUGUAUUAGUUUAUAUAGCAGUUUUCACUUUUAAUGGCGGAGUCCACCUUUCCCGUGCAGGAUUCAAGUUGUAUAGACAAGGGUUGCACCAGAAAUUAUGCAUAAAUAUAGUGAACUGAAUCUCAAAGCGGGAUUCAGGGAUUCCCAAGGGGUCCUUGAGGUGGUUCCAGGGGAUCUACAGCAAAAAGAGGAAUACUUAAUAUUCACUGUAGUUCCAUCCUAACUACAGGAUGUAUGACUAUUUUGGUCAUGUUUCAUACAUUUUCUAUUAUAAAACAUCUAAAAUCAAAAUUCUGAGCGAAAUCUUAUUAAAUGGGGAUUUGUAGUCUAAUUUGUGUCAGUUUAGGGGUCUUUGAAGUGGAAAAAAUGGAGAACAGUUGACAUAGGCUACGGGACAGAAAUGACAAAAGCCAUGUUCUUUUUCCCUCUCUUCUUUAUUUAACUACUGUGACUUGAUGAAUCCUCUUGGACCACAAUUUCCUUGGCUGCACUGUAAACAGAUGCAAAAACAGUUUCUCUCUCUUCUGUAGCAUUUUUGACAGUAUGCUGCUUGAGGCCUAUUGCUGCUCCCAUAAAUGGAAUUUUGAACUUUUGCAGGUAUCUCAGCGGUGGGGGAAGUAAUCACAUACAUACUACACAUACAUACUAAAAUAAAAUUCAGAGUAUCAAGUAUAAAAGUUAAAAGUGCUCAGAAUGGUUUCUGGUUAUAUUAUUAUUAUAGAAUCUGAUAUUAUUCUGUUUUAAUCACCAACAAAUACAAAUACAAGCAUUUUCAUGUUAUAGUUUUUCAAUGUCAAGGCAAUUUUAGAUACGGGUGGAUUAGUAAUAUAGUACUGCAUCACAACAUGGAAGGUCAAAAUUGUCCUCAAGCACAAUACUUGAGUAAAUGUAUUUGGUUACGUUUCACCCCUGGGGGAUCUGUGUUAUUAAAAUGCACCUGCUGUUACCAUCAGUAACCACAGG